CACUAAUACACUUUACUCAUUUGUUUCUUUUAACACGAAUACGAAAAAUUUUAUUCGAGUUAUUGCUAAAAAAACAAUAUAAUAUUUACCCUUUGAAAUUAAGCGAAUAAGAUAAUUAUUCGAAAAUUAUUUGUUGACAUUGACUAUCAGAAAACUGUUGUUUAAAUAAACCGCCAACACAUAAUGAGCGAUAAUGAUGAGUCGAAUAAAGAUGUGCCUCUACGUAAGCGAGCCAGUCUGGUUUGGCAAUAUUUUGAGAAAUUAAGCAGUGUCCGUGUCAAGUGUCGUAUUUGCCAGCACGAGCAGCGAUAUAUGGGCAACACAGCCAAUGCUUUGAGACAUUUAAAAGCUAAACAUGAUAUAGAUGCCAGAGCGGUAGGUUUAGCCGAUCCAGAAAAUGUUAAACGCAUGAAAGCAUUAUCCACUUCCGGCAUACCAUUUGAGCAGAGAAUUGCGGCUAUAAAUAUUAAAAGUGAAAAUCGUUUUGAUGAAGAUGAUGAGGAUCAACGUACGGAAGGCAGUAGACAGAAGGAGGGAGAAGACGAAAGUGAGGAUGUAGGUCAUUCAAAAUAUAGUCGUAAUCGUCAAAGGAUAUCGGUAUAUGAUAAUGAAGCUGACAUAGAUCCCUAUGGAAAUAAUGAAGAGCCUUUCAUCGAUUUUAAUGACAGUAACAAUCAUUAUACUAGCAAAGAUGAACUAGGGGAACCAUUCGAAAAUAAUCGGAAUUCCAAGAACAAUUUAAACCGUAAACGCUCUACUCUGGAAGAUGAACGUAUUAUUGCGGAAACGGAAUAUUUUCGGGAAAAGGCGGCAUAUUUUCGCAUUCAAAAACAUUUAACGGCUUUACAAGCCAAAAAGGUUAAAUUUGAAUUGGAGCAAUUGUAUGCUAAAUAAUCGGCUGCAAUAAGUAUGUCAUAGGUACAUACAUACUAACUUUAAGUGACUUAAUAUUAGCAAAUAGUUUAAAUUAAAAUGCAAUAAUAAAAUUAGUAAUAAAAUCAA